CUUUGAUACGAACACGGUACAAGUGUCGGCUAUAGUCGACAUCCUUUGCAUAUUCAUGGGCGAGCGUCGACGCGGUGUCGAUUAAAGUUAACAAUAACAAUAACAAUAUGCAAACGUUCUUGCUCGUGGUCGUCAAGUAAUAUUUAUUACUUAUUAGUGAGACAAUCACGAUCUCUGCUCGGACCAGCGUCAAAUCGGAGAGCGUUACAGGAGGAGUAUUUCGUUUUAGUAGAAAUACACGCCAAUAAAAUUUCCUCUCUGGUUCUAGUAACGUUAUAAUAUACUGUAAAAAAUGCUAGAAAUAACAUGUAAUGAUCGUCUUGGUAAAAAAGUUAGAGUUAAAUGCAAUCCAGAUGAUACAAUAGGGGAUUUAAAAAAAUUAAUAGCAGCCCAAACUGGAACUCAUUGGGAAAAAAUAGUUUUAAAAAAGUGGUAUACUAUAUUUAAGGAUCACAUAAAAUUACAAGAUUAUGAAAUUCAUGAUGGCAUGAAUUUAGAACUGUAUUAUCAAUAAUUAAUAAUUAAUAUUAUAUAAGUUAAUAUUAUGUAUAUAUAUAAUAACAGUAAUAGUAAAUUUUA